AAAGGCCGCUCCCUCCCCCGGACUGCUCCUGUCGCCGCGCCUGUGCCCACGCUGUGAUGGCCUGGUCGCCACUCCUGCCGUUCCUGCUGGUGCUGCUGCUCCAGGUCCCCGCGGUGGCGCGCGCGUCCCCGCUGGACACAGUCCUCGAGGGGGCGGCCCCCUGCAAGGCCGGUUACCUGUGCCCACAGGUGUCCCUUGGAAAGCCCCGCUCACCACCUGUCAACGUGAGUCUCUACUACGAGGCCCUGUGCGAUGGCUGCAGGCUCUUCCUGGUCCGAGAGCUGUUCCCCACGUGGCUGAUGGUCUAUGAUAUUCUCAAUGUCACUCUGGUGCCCUACGGAAACGCCAAGGAACACAAUGUCAGCGGCAAGUGGGAGUUUACGUGCCAGCAUGGAGAGGAGGAGUGCAAGUGGAACAAGGUGGAGGCCUGCCUGUUGGACCAGCUGACGUGGAACGCAGCCUUCCUAACCAUUGUCUGCUUAGAGGAACUGGAUGACAUGGAGAGCAACCUGAAGCCAUGCCUGCAGAUCUAUGCCCCGAAGGUGUCCCCAGAUGCCAUCAUGGACUGUGCAAUGGGGGACCGUGGCACACAGCUCUUGCACAUGAAUGCCCAACUUACAGACGCUCUGGAGCCGCCCCAUGAGUAUGUGCCUUGGGUCCUCGUCAAUGGGAAACCUUUGGAAGACAUUAGCCAGCUCCUAACCGUCGUGUGCCAGUUGUACCAGGGUGAGAAGCCAGAAUUCUGCCCAUCCAAGGCCAGCUCCCACUGGGACGUCUGCCUCAAGUGACAGCUGUUGCCCUUGGAGGAAGCUGAUGGAAGGAUGAGCUCCCACCUGCCUUCAUUUUUCUGAUCCCUGACUUAGCAGCUAUGGCUCAUCAUCCAGAUAACUUACACAUUCCAUGAAGUCCAGAUUUUACCCCAAGAUCGAGAAUCUACCACUGAGAAUGGUGCUACAUUGAAACUAGUUUAAUAAACCCUUCUAGACAUUGUGACAAUAUCCUUCCAUUUUCCCCAUCCUCCGGCCUGUGACAACUGCUGUUCUUUUGUUUCUAUGAGUUUUACUUUUUUAAAUUCCACAUAUAAAUAAAAUCAUACAAUAUUUGUCCUCUGA